AUGUCUACCACAAAGCGACACACACGAGCCGUAGCAAAGACUGCUCUAACGCAUCCGCAAAGUGAAGCAAAUUCCAGCCACAACCUUCCUCCCGUAAAGCCGAAACUACGCAACAUUACCAACACGAUCCGAAUGUCAACCGGGGAGGAAUCGCCUGCGAAAAAGAAAAGAAAAUCCGACCCUAAUCCACCACAGGAAUGCGACCAACCGUCCCAGCCGGAACUGGUUGCUUUCGAAAGGUUGCGAUACGUGCUGGGCCGACACUAUUUCGAUGUUUGCCAACGUUUGGCGCUUGACUACGUCCCCCGCUGCGUACGAAAUAUUGCCGAGUGUGCCCAGCGGCACGUUUGCAAGCGCAGCCCUCGUACCAAAUGUGUCAGCGUGAUGCGGCAGGCAAACACCCACGACCAGAUCCGAGAGUUCCGUCCGGAUCAGUUCAUCGGGUUCCUUAACCAAGCCAUCAUGCGCCAGGAAUUCAUCGAUUCCGAGCUGUUCGUAGCCGGUUUGCAGCUAAUGCUAACGAUUAAUCGUCCCUCGGAAGAGCUGCAGGUCGAGUACGGCACGGUAGACAUAGUGGUGGGAAUGGGUGAAGUGUUGGAAAAGUGCCUAAAAUGCUUUCCACCCUGUCGGUGGGAUUUACGGCCUGCCUAUCAACGCAUCGUGUUUGGCCAGCUAGAUGCAGCGUGUUUUGAACAGUGCGACCAACGUGAAGGUUUGCUUCGUAAUGUGCUCCAUCUAAUCGAGCAUAACAUCGAAACGGAACGAGAGCCGGCAAACCAUCCUGGGCUAAGAAAACGAAUGACCAAACGUAGCCAAAUGAACGAAGACGAUGAGAUGCAUGCGUACAACUAUAACACCUGGAUUCUGACGAACAGGUUGUGCUACGAUUUCAAUAAGCUGUCGCGCGAGGAACGGUUCGAACGAUUAUUUGCGGUACUGCAAAUAUUGGUCAAACUGCUAGAGAUGGAUUUUGCCAUGUGGAUUCUUCGUAAUCCAACCAAAACACAACAAAACCUAUGCAAUCCGUCACGCAGCCCUCUGGUGGCUCAGCUGGUGUGGAACGGUGAUCACGGCAGUGUGAAUCUCUUCAUCAAAAAGCUUUUCCACAUGUUCAUCAAUAUGAACGUGCUACAAUACCCGGAAGAUGAUAUCGCCGUGGUUUCGCGUCUGUUGAACAUUGUCACGGUAGCCGUGAAUCUCAGCGAGUUCCAACACAACGAGGGACAGAUACAGUACCCGUGUGUGAAGGACAACAGCCUCCAUUACGCACGACAGCUAUGGAAAGCGCUAGAAUCGUCCGGAUACUUUAGCAUACCUUUAUGUCUCAGCACGAUCCGGAGCCUUCGGUCGCCAUUCCUGCAACUACACCUUGCGGAGCAUUUGCUCCAGAAGUUCAACCGUAGCCUGAACCUACGCAAUGUGCGCAGUUUCUUUCAGCUGCUACUCAACCGUGGCUGGUUAGAUUGUGCGACCGAUGAACCUUCUGACGGGUCCGACCACUCAGCUUCUAUUUAUCCAGUGUUCAACACCCAUCGUACCCGCCUGAAAACAUGCGAAAUCUAUCAGCAACAAUACGUCGACCUGCUGUUGAUCGGUCUACGGGCGUACUGUGAUAUGCAUCAGUUACCGGCCUACUUCCGUGAGAUUAUGGUGCAACCAGCACCCGAAACGUCCUCUACCAUCGAUGCAACAGUACGGGAGGAUCUACCCAACUCGAAUGUUUGUCCACCGGGAGCGCGCAUUGUACCGCCAAUCGUUCCCGAUGAACGGAUGAUUUUCCAAGGAGUUGCCAUGAGCGGAGAGCUACUGUUGGAGUAUCGGGACGAUAUUAAGUACCUGCUGCUAAUCGAACAGCAACUCAAAAAGAUCGCAUCAACGGAAGAAAAAGCACUGUUUCACCAAUGGAUAAUCUUCCUGUCGGAAGUGGACCCGUCUCUGACGAUAAUCUAA